UGUGCACGCACUCAACAUGAGACUCUGGUUGAGCGUGAUUCUCUUCGCUUCGCUGGCGGUCCACCUCUCCGCUCGGCCACCACGAAGGAUAACCCGACAGUCGCGCGGCCGUGGCGGCGGAAGCAGCUACGCGCGGCCUGACGCUGGCGGUGCCGGCGGCGGCGGCGGCGGCGGCGAUGUCGACUACGGCGGUCCAGCACCCGGGGUGAGCUGGGACGACAAUGUAGGACCCGACGUAGACCUACCUGCACCAGGAGCCGGUCCAGCGCCGGGCUAUGGCCCUGGUCCAGGACCUGCACCGGGACCUGCUCCGGGACCUGCUCCGGCACCAGCGCCGCGGCCCAGACCGACACCAGGCCCUGCUCCAAGACCGGCUCCUGCACCCGGGCCCGCGCCGAGACCGGCACCCGGCGGUGGCGGCGGCGGCUACGGCGGUGAUGGCGGUGGCUACGGCGGUGACGGCGGCGGCGAUGGCGGUUACGGUGGUGGCGGAGCAGGCGGAGCAGGAGGUGGAGGAGGAGGCGGAGGAGGAGGAGGAGGCGGUCACGACGACGGCCAGUACCACGGCCAUGAUGACCACGGCGAGUGGCGCCUGGAGGAUGCCAUCCCCGGUACGCCGGAGACUGACUACCCGACUUUCACCACCAUCCCGCAGACCAGUUUCGACUGCAGCGCACAGGAGUUUCCGGCCGGGUACUACGCUGACGUCGAAGCGCGAUGCCAGGUGUUCCACAUCUGUCAGUCGGACGGUCGCAGCGACGCCUUCCUCUGCCCCGUGGGAACCAUCUUCAACCAGCGGUACUUCGUCUGCGACUGGUGGCAGAACGUGAACUGCGACGAGGCGCCCAACUAUUACAACCUUAACGGCGACCUCUACAAGCCCGGGCCUUCGUGGAGUCCCCACGGUGGUGCUCCCGACGGACAGGGAUACGUUGCCCCGGCUCCGGCUCCAGCUCCACCCCCAAGACCCGGUCCUGCUCCAGGUCCAGCCCCGGCCCCGUACCCUGCCCCGGCUCCCGGUCCAGCCCCGGCCCCGUACCCGGCCCCGGCUCCAGCUCCAGCUCCAGCCCCAGCCCCAUACCCCGCCCCGGCUCCAGCUCCCCGUCCGGCUCCAGCUCCCCGUCCGGCUCCAGGUCCAGCGCCAGCACCGUAUCCCGGCCCGGCUCCAGGCCCAGCACCCGAUUACGGAAGACCCGAGACGCCUGAGCCCGCGCCUCCGUCAGACUACGACCAGGAGGACUACGAUCAGCCCGCGAGAGGCUACGGAGGAGGAGGCCGAAGGCCACGUGCAAACCUCGCGCAACCCAGCGACUGGAACGCCGUCUACUACUACGACCAACCCGAGCAGGCAGAACAAGGCCGCUCAGAGGAGAGCGAACAGCGCAGCGUGGAAGGAGAGUACCAGGCGUCGGCAUGAGGAAUUCCGGAUUGUGUGUAGACAAUUCAGUUUAGGUUUGAGGGUUGCGCUGCCUUCUCCAAAGGGCUGGGUCGCAGCUCUUUAACCUCACGGGUAACGUCAUGUGACCAGGCAUUGAAUGGCGAACCGGAGGAGAGUAAGGCAGGAAACAAGGGUGCAAAAUGCAACAACAAAAAUUGGUGUGAGUAUAGUCGGCCUGAAAUUGUAAAAAAAAAGAAAAAAAAAAGAAUAAGAACUAGAGAAAAGGUUUGGGGGCAUUGCAUUUAGUGCACGCUUUCUUCUGACUGUAUUUGUUUUAAGGUGGCGUCUCUAAAACAGCGUUCGUGAGAUGCGGGACAGACCCUUCAGUGGAAGUUUGUGAAUUGACCUCAAGUCAGGACGCUCGCGUAUUUCGGAUCAUGAAGGCUGCACGUGGAGACUGAAAUGGUGCGCAGAAUGCGUGCUCGACGUCGUGGACGCGGAACGGCUUAAUCGUGCUCCCAAGGUCCUUUCUGUAGAUGGACAAGCGGCCCUACUCUUUCUAGCUAUUUGUAGCUGUGCAUGUGACACCAGCCGUGGUACACUGUCAGUGAUGGAAAACUUUGGGACCAACAGUUCAGGCCUCGAUAACGGGAACUUUGUGAGUGUCGUGAAAUUUAAUGAAACACUGUAACAACGCGCCCUGUAGGUCAGUGCCUUUUUUGUCAUGCCGUACACGGCGUGACGACUAGGUAAACUUCAAAAAUUGUGCGAGUCCUUUCAUACUUACGUUGAUGUUCCUUACUGUUCCGUCUACCAAUUUGUUUCAAUGGCCGUUGGUCCUCUGCGACAUGUUCAACUCGUUCGGCAACGCCUUCUCCUAUGCUAAUUAGCCCUCUUGGCCGCGGUAACCUACCUAAGUAGAUUAAAGUGCUCUAACGGGAUAUGCGCACAGCAUGACCAGAAAACAGUGGUCUAAUGAAAAAAGAAAAAGAGGAGAUACUGUAGACGUCUUAUUCAGCAAAGUCUUAUCUUGUUACAGCUGUCAUUGCGAUAUUUACGGCACAGUGCCUGUUUGUUAUGUUCUGGUCGUCCACACUCUGAGGCUGUUUGUAGACGAUAAUGUGCGAGCCCACAAACUUACAUAUAUCUCAGUGUGUUAGAUACACGAAAGACAAUUACACAGUCGUUGUGUUAUAGACGUGCAAUACGGGCAGCCAUAACUGAGUCUUUCGAAGCAUUCUCACACAGCAGAACACUCGCAUGGGUCACCCUCUGGAGCGGAAGUGAUGUUCUCAAGGUGUGUGCGAGAAGGUGGCCACAUUUCACGUCGUCUGAGGCAUCUCCACGCGACGCGCCAACACGAAUUAGCCACAUGUAUACCGCGGUUCAGACUUGCGGGUCAGCUGAACCUAUACUUGUGCAAGUUCCGUUCGCGCGGUUAUAUUUUGCUGUGCACUGUUUUGAAUGCUCCGUUCAGGCCUGCUGGCGGUAUUUUUCUUUCUUUCUCUCUAUCUCUUGCGCCUGCGACCACGCAAGCCAUGGCGCUGGCCAGAUUUUAAGGAAUGGCCGGUUAUCUGCUUACCAGAUUUUCAGAGUUUACGUGAUGUUAACACACCUCCUUUCUUGUUUCCUGUUUGUGUUUUGUUAACCUUUACUAACCGUAUUUAAUUGUUGCAUACACUUGUGUGCUAUGGUUGUUUGCGCGAGCCCCCCGCCCUCCUACCCC